AUGCCCCGGCUUGUGCGCCGCCGCCCGUUGACAGAGCGCAUCGCAUCCUACCUGAACCCUCUAGACUUUCUAUUGUGGCUAUCCGAGGAGGUCGACACUCAUGACUGGGAUCAAUUCGAGAAAGACUGGGCAUUGCCGCUCGGUGUGCUCCUGAACCUGACUUUCCUCAUCGCCCGAGCCAACAGUCAAACAACGGGCAGUCAAGCUAUAGAUGAUGUGUUUGGCGACGAUGAAGGCACACCUUGGCUGAGUUGGUUGGCCUCCUUCUUGGUACACCUCCUUACGACAUUUUCCGCCUUCAACGCCUUCUAUACUUUUUAUCGUAAACGCCUUUAUCGUCUCUUCGAAGCCUCGAUUGAUCGUGCCCCCGCAACACCAUCGGCGCACCGAGUGCGAGUCGACUCAACCCCUACAACUGCGUCUCCUUUGCGGUACUUGGCCGAUGUAGUGUCUGGAUCGGCACAAUCGAGAGCGCAUCCAGAUGCUCAACGCGAUGUUUGGGAGCUCGCUGUCUGGGAUCCUUUCCCCAUCUGCAUUCGACUGUUCUGCCUGUUCAGCCCCGGCCAUGUUCUAGUCUAUUGGUUAUUCCUACCGACUCAUGUGUCUGAUCCCCGCCCCAGCGUUACCAUUGUGACCACUCUCUUCCUGGCAGCUCUGCUUUCAGUGCAGAUGACAUUCCUGUCCUCAUCCUACACACAGCAGGCGAAAGACAACAUGCUGGUUCAUAAAGAGGUUCUCCGCGAGUAUGAUACCAAAUAUGUGCAUCCUCGAACCCAACCUCUAAUGAGGGAUGUUGGAACUCAAUUCUCGGAGUCUGAUACCGACAUCAAGCACAACAAGGUCGACACAUUCACACCAACCUUCGUCAUCAACCGAGGAUUCAAGACGAGUCCAAACCCUAACUAUAUCAAACAUAUCGACCCCGAAGGAUUCUCGUCAGGACAGCAAUCCGCAGCGGGUACACCUAGUGGUCCCACAUAUCGUUCAAGUGCCCUCCAGACCCCUAGUCAUUUGCGCGAUGCUUCCCCUGUUGUCCGCAACCCAGUUGCAUCAAUUCGCCAACCUCAAUUUCGACGAACUCCAACCGCUACUGGCGACGGAGGUAGCCUUGGGGUUUAUUCUCACGCUAAUUCUCCAUUGAGAAAAUCGGUCUCGGCGAAUCUGGACCGCCGACUCCAAAGUAACGGAGACUUUUUCUACAAAGAGCGUGGUACAAGCGCAGUGAAAAGGCAGUCUAGCCCACUCAAACGGAGCAAUGUGCCUGGGGGAGAAAGUCCAGCCACGCCAGGUCCCAGGCGGAGCCAGCCUGGCGCACGCCGUGAAACAACCCAUUUCUUGUUGUAA